AUGGAUUCCUCAACGUUUACCUCCCCGCCGACUUGUGCGCCACCCUCGGCCCUAGAGAAACGUCGCCCAUCCUGCGUUCGACCAGUGUUCUGUGAACCGGUCGCCGACACCAAACUCUUCCAAUCCGCAUCCCUCGUUCAAGACGCCAUGUUCCUCGCCAAGUUCUUCUCUGCACUCAAAGGCGCAGCCCGUCUGCGUUUGGCCCGUCGGGAUGUUCAGGUGAAGACGGAGACUUCCUCGCCAGCGCCCGUCGCUCCCCAACCCCAGCAUGUCCGCGCUCAGCGCCCGCCAUCUCCCAACGAACAGAAUACACCUAACGACCAACGAGUUCCCCGAAAUCUGCGCUCAGAAGUGCGAGAUUGGGCGCAGCUCAACCCCGACGGUCCGUCAUGGCACCGCGUCUACCCUAAAGCUACGGCAUCACCUCCACCGGAGAUGCAUACGAUAGACGAAGAUGCUGUACUACAACUGCCUAGCUGGUCCAUGUCGUUCGAGCCCCAAGCGCCAGUACCUAUUACUGGGCCGGCGAUCAAACGCAGGGGAGGCAUGUCCCAACUGACAUCGCUAUCGGAGGAAGACGAAGAGGAGGAGGAAGAGGAGGAGACUCACGAGAAGCAUGCCGAGGUCGUAAGGGACGAAGCACAGGAGAGCUCGGUCGAGGAAUAUACUCUUCCCCACUUGGCCUACUCCAAACGCUCACACCCUCAAUCUCGACCCACUGUUCAACCGCCUGCAUCACACCGCCUGCGCUUCUCAGCACCCCGUUCAGACUUCGAAGCCCUGUUGUUCUCACGCCUCGGCCAACACCAUUCUCUCGUACAAGCGGAGAAGGCUGCACAUGUAGCCGCUCCGCAUGUCAGCGUUGGAAGGGUGUACUAA